AUGGACGAGGAAAUGGAGAGUGUUGAUAAUGCCACGGUAGGUUAGUUUCCUUGUCAAUUUAUGAUGCACAUAUACUUCUUGUUACUCAAUGUAUUAUGUUCUAGGAUUUAAGUAUCCUGAAGGGCUUGUAUCUGAUGGGACGGAGAGAGAAGAAUUAGAUGAAGGAGAAUGGACAGAAGUGUCGCAAGGUAAUUUGAGUCUCGAAGUAUUCACACUAAUGGCACCUGCAGUCUGAGAUAAAGCAGCUCGGUUUGCUAAAGUAAAAGUCUGGAAGCAAAUUAUAAAGGGACAUAAAGUACAUAGGCGGUUGUUGGGUUGGGCGGAAGCGUCGAGUAGUAUACGGGCUGCUCGAGGUUUCAUCGGAUAAUGGUACACAGUCUUUCAAAGCGCGUGGUCAAUCACUCACAUUAGCAACACCACCUGCAACACUGUCCUCAAGGUUAAUGCAUAAUAUUCAGAAUGGAUCUGUGGAUUUUGACACAACUGAUAUGGAACAAAGAGUAGGCGAACAAGAUAUCAAUGAGGGAAUCCAUGGAGACACGUAUAGAAAAAUUUACGGGAACGGCUAUCGGGACGCGAAUGUGGACAUGUAUGAUAAUAAUCCUGUCUCUGGAGGUCCUUCGCGUGCGCAGCGAAGGGGUGGGCGACGGUGCAGAGAAGGAAGGAAGCUAAAGCAAGAGAAAUUCAAGCUUCGUUGCAAGGCCAUAAAUCAAUCCUGUGGCUCCUUCACAGGAGAAUUCUACUCGGACUAUUUCGGAUUACGAUAUCACAGCUUUCAAUCUCAGCUUCAGCGAUAAGCAGGGAAAUGUAACAGAGGAUGAAGCAAAAGAAGAAUCGAUUAGGAAGUCCUCCAGUUCUGGAACUCAACCGCAAAAGAAGCCUCAAGAAAGAAUCAAAACUUCACGUGAGGAAUAAAUGGCACGUCAAGCUUCAUUGCAUGCAAAAAGGCUACUUCCCGUUUCUGCUUCUUGGCUACUUGUACAGAAGAAUCUCGGUCGACUUUUUUCAAAUCCUCCCCCUGCCGCGCUGAAUCCAAAUUCAGACAACAUGCAGCAAGCAAGAGGACAGAGAACACAAAGGAGCAUCGAUGUAGGUAAUUCUGACCAUGAAACUGGUUCACAGAAGAAGCUUCAAAACCGAAAUACUGCUUCGCGGAAUGUGAUAAUAACAGCACAGCAGGCUGGACUACAAGAGCAGGAAUUAAAACCACAUGCAGCUCCCUCUGUUCAGCAGAAAGCACAAAAUGCUUUUGCGCAAAAUGUGUUGAAACCCGGUGUUACCACUUUUGAUACUCAUAUAAUCGACGGGCAGCAAAGAGUAAUAGAGAAGGAAAUAGAUGUGGAAACGAAUGGAGAAACGGACGUAGAGGAUUUUUGUUCUGGUGAUACUUUGCAGAAAAAGCGUGUAGAACAGAGCAAUGACCCACUCAAAAUAAUAAAUAAAUAA